AUGGUUUUUAAUGAUUUUGAAACAACUACAACAGAUAAUGCUCUUGAUUCAAGUUCACUAUCAGUAUCAAAUUCAAAUAAAAGUUUUAAUCGAAGUUCUAGUAAUCCAGAUUUAUCUCCAUCAUCAAUUAGUAAUAAAUCAAUGUCAUCAUCAAUAUCAACAUGUAAUGGUACAAUUAAUGAUGAAGACAAUGCAACAUUUGUUGUUAAAGUUUAUCGUAGUGAUCAAUCAUAUAAAUAUUUUCCUGUACUUAAAGAUACCACAGCUAAGCAACUUGUUAUGUUAGCUAUAACUGAAUUUGGUAUUCUUGAUCAAAGCAGGUAUUAUUCAUUAUGUGAAAUAUCAGUUGAAAAUGGUGUUAUAAAACAAAAACGUUUACCAGAUCAUAUUGAUAAUUUACCUGAACGUCUUCCAAUAAAUGCUCGUUAUUAUUUAAAAAAUAAUCAUUUAACUGAACAACUUGUACCAGAUCAAUUAACAAAUGAAUUUAUACGUGAAGCACGUAUUCAUUUUCUUCAAUUAGAUUCACUUGAAAUUUGUGCACAAUUAACAUUAAGAGAUUUUGCAAUAUUUAAAUCAAUUCAACCAACAGAAUAUAUUGAUCAUAUAUUUAAAUUAAAAUCAUCUUAUGGUAUACCACAUCUUGAAAAAUUUCUUCGAUUACCUAAUCAAGAAAUGUAUUGGACUAUAACAGAAAUAAUACGUGAAACAAAUAUCAUACAACGAUCAAAAAUAAUUAAACAUUUUAUUAAAAUAGCAAAAUCUUGUAAAGAAAUGAAAAAUUUUAAUUCAAUGUUUUCACUUAUAAGUGGACUUGAUCAUAAAGCUGUACAACGUUUACAAGCUACAUGGGAACGUAUAUCAGAGAAAUAUAAAAAAAUAUUUGAAGAACUUAAAUCAUUACUUGAUUUAUCUCGAAAUAUGUCUGUUUAUCGAAAUUUAUUAAAAAAUGAAUUAAUUGUACCACCUAUUAUUCCGAUGUUUCCAGUGUGUAUGAAAGAUUUAACAUUUAUUCAUUUGGGAAAUCAAACACAAGAUGAUGGUUUGAUUAAUUUUGAAAAACUUCGUAUGAUUGCAAAAGAAAUUCGUUAUAUAAUGAAUAUGUCAUCAUCAUCAUAUAAUAUUUCAAAUAUGUUUGAUUCUCCAACAUCACAUUCACAAAUUUUUGCUGGUUUUGGUCAUCAAUCAACCACAGAUACAUGUGGAACAAUGCGAAGAAAUCAAUCUGGUGUACGUUUAUCUGUUAUGGCUAAUGCGAAACGAAUAUAUGAUGAAGCAUUAAUGGUUAAAAAAGUUAAAACAUAUUUAAAUAAUGCUGAAAUAAUUGAAGAUGAAGAUCGUUUACUUGGAUUAGCUAAUCAAUGUGAACCUGCAACUACACUUAAACGACGUCCAUCACCUUCAACAUCAAGUUUAUCGUCAAAUUCUUCGUGUGAUCGUCGUGGUGCUAUACAAUUAACUAAAUUUGGUACACAAUCACCGGAUGAUGUUAAUAAAUUACUUCGUCUAUCAAACAGUAGUCAUCAAAUAAAAUCACGAGCACCAUUAAAACCAAAUCCUAAUUCAAACUCAUCUGUUCUUCAAAAUACAUCACCAUUAAUAAAUAAUUCAUUAACAACAACAGGACUUUCAUCAGUUAAUGACUUAACUCAACAUCGUCGUCAGCAUGUAACUAAAAUACGUGAUGCCAAUAAAUUAACAAGUGAAAGUUCAAGUCUAAAUUUUAAACCAACAUCGUCAACAUUACAUGUUCGAUCACAUAUUCAAUCAAAUCAAAAUAAUAGUCAUAAUUUAUCUAAACAUGCUGAUUCAGGGAAUGGUGGUAUUCAUUUAACAAAUGCAUAUAUUGUUGGUGAUAGCAAUGAAAAACUAACAAAUACGUCUGUUCCUGAUGAAUAUUCAUCAAUGCAAACUCGAAAUCAAUCUAUAUCAAAAAUACAUCAUAACGAUAAUCCAAGACCCAUAAUAAUACGUACUUGGAUGCAACGUUCGAAAUCUCAAAAUGAAAUCAAUACUAAUCCAGAAGAACCAACUAUUGAUUAUGAUGAUCAUGAACAAGUGACAGCAGUCUGA